CGGAAAUGGUUGUAGAGGAACAUGGCGUUGCUGGUGCGAGUCCUUAUCCCUGUAGCAGUUGUGGAUGGAUCAGUCAGACGGCUGAGAUUCAAGUCCUGAAGGCCAGUCAGAAGCUACUCAAGCAAUCCUGGAAGAAGUGAGGAAGGCCUGUACUAAGAGGGGAAAGUGUGGUUAAAGAGGAAGGGAUGAUUUCAACAGAGGAACCGGAUUAACAUUUCCCAGUGGUUUCCAGUAUGCAGCCGAUUGGUACCUGUGUAUUCUACACAGGGACAGUGGGGCAGGGCUCUGUCUGGUACUUUCCAGUGGCCUCAGAUGAGCCAGUCCCUAGAAUGUGGUGGAUCAGAACAGAUUCCUGGGAUAGAUGUUCAGUGGAGUAGGAAGUAUCACACCACAAAUAAGCUUUCUACUACCAAGGAUUCCCCACAGCCUGUUGAGGAGAAGGUUGGUGCCUUCACGAAGAUAAUAGAAGCCAUGGGAUUUACAGGACCUUUGAAAUACAGUAAAUGGAAGAUUAAGAUUGCGGCCCUGCGCAUGUAUACUAGCUGUGUGGAGAAAACUGACUUCGAGGAAUUCUUUCUAAGGUGUCAGAUGCCUGAUACAUUCAAUUCAUGGUUUCUCAUAACUCUGCUUCACGUCUGGAUGUGUCUAGUCCGAAUGAAGCAGGAAGGCCGGAGUGGGAAAUAUAUGUGUCGGAUCAUAGUUCAUUUUAUGUGGGAGGAUGUUGAGCAGCGUGGCAGAGUCAUGGGGGUUAAUUCUUAUAUCUUGAAGAAGAACAUGAUCCUUAUGACAAAUAAUUUCUAUGCAGCAAUCUUGGGAUAUGAUGAGGGGAUCCUUUCAGAUGACCAUGGGCUGGCUGCUGCCCUCUGGAGAACCUUCUUCAACCAAAAAUGUGAAGACCCUCGGCAGCUUGAAUUGUUGGUGGAGUAUGUGAGGAAACAGAUGCAGUACUUGGACUCCAUGAAUGGUGAGGAUCUGCUUCUGACGGGGGAGGUGAGCUGGCGCCCUCUUGUGGAGAAGAAUCCUCAGAGCAUCCUGAAGCCCCAUUCCCCAACUUACAACGAUGAGGGUCUUUGAUGGGGGCUGGUGUCUCUGAACAGCUGGCCCGCUGGCUUUGAGGAACUGCCAGGAGAGAGGUGCUUGUUUGGCCCGGAACCCUGCAGAAAGUGGCCUGAACUGACCUUUGAACGGCAUCUGUCAAAUACCUGGCCCCAUUUGUGUUGAUUAUCCUCUUAGUAUGCCCAGGAGUCUGAUCUGGUGGGGUACUGUGCUGGGAGAACCCUUGGCUCUUCUGAGGUAUCCUACCCCCCCGCCCCAGGAGAAGCCUGGAGCAAGAGCUCCCCAGCACACACUCCCCUGGUCCCCUCCAGGAACUGUGAUUGACAGCUUUUCCCAAAGGCCGCAGAGGGAUGGGGAUAGGUCAGCAAGGGGACACUUCCACCAAGGGCCCACCGUGGCCAAGGGGCAGUUUGGAAUGCUGCUGAGUCAAGACGGGUAACCACGCUCUGUCCUCCGGCUUUGAGCCAUGGAGUUGAGUUGGCCAUUAAAAGAUACAGAGACUUAUCUCUGCCAUGGCUCGUCUUUAUUCCAGGGUUUUUAGAAACCUACCUGAGAUGGCAGUUGCCAUAAGCUGAGGACCACCACCCAGCUCAGUUCGAGGCAGGGAGGGCGAGAGGGUCAGGAGGGUCUCUGUUGCUCCUUUUGUCUCUAGUUCACGGAGAUGUCACUGUUCUGGCCAAGGCCUAGCCUGCCAGGCUCCAUCCUCUGGGACCCAGAAGGCCUCUGAUGGCCAAGGGGCUUGUCACAUCCUGAGUCAUUUGGAAAGAAGCCCCAAGAACAUAGGUCCCAUUGUCACGAGGGGAGGAACAUGCCGUCUUUCCUCUGUUGACUCCCUUGAUGUGAGAUACUGGGGAGAAGAGAAAAUUCUCUCUGGCUUCAUUGUACCGUCCCAGGGCCGAGCCCCGUGCCCAGCUUCCUAGCCCCGUCCCAACUUCUGGAGCGUGCGCUGCAGAGCCAGCUCGGUCUGUGCACUUGAGGAUCAGUCCCCUCCUUCCUGAGUGUGGGCCAUCUCUUGGGGGAUUUUCUUUACAUGGAAGAAAGGGGGCGGGGAACCAUAGUGCCCCUCCUUCCCCCAUCAAACUUCCUUCAUUUAACUUGCUAUAAAAUGAGUCAUAUAAAGAAAUUCUAUAUGGGUGAGGUAUAUCCCACUUCUGUGAAAACAUUACAAAUCAGACCGCUUUCUCAGAGUUUAUUUAAGAUGCUUUUGUUGCAAGCGGAGUUCUAGAGUGAAGCCCCCUCUGUGUGUGUGAGAUAGUAACACCUUGUAACUCAUUACAGCUGGGCACUAUUUACAUAAACCAGAGCUGAGCCAGGCAGGAAUUUGCUGAUUAAUUUAUUUUUAAUGGAGUGAAGUAUACCAUGCACCAAAAUAAACUUUACUGUGUGUACCUAA